CCAUAAUUUUGUCUUACGGUCAACUUCAGCCUCAUUCAUGAAGGGAAGCCGCAACUAGGGUUCCACUAACGAAAUCACUCUUUGCUGUUCCUGCUUUGCACCGUUUCUGCAAACUCAGCUUCCACCAGAUGGCAGGCGCCAGCCCGCAGGGCGCUCCCGUCGAAACCAACAUCUUCAACUUAGGCGACACGCUGAAGAAGUUGCACCAACUCGCCCUUCUUAGUAAGCAAGAUCUCCAGCAGACCUUUGAAGAAGGUACUCUUGCAGUUGCUAUCCUUGAUCAUAACGCCAACCCGGAUCCUUGUAUCAAGGAUAUCUUCCAUUGGUUCAAGCUCAAGCCGAACCACUCGGUGGGGAAAUUAAAGAAAGCCUACUUCCGCAAGAAUAAAGUCCAAGUUACGUUGAAGCACGCGAGUACAACACUCUCGGAUGAAACACAAAUGAGCAACGUUGUCCAUCUGACCAAGAACACAAUUGUUUUCACGUCAGAAAUAGCAGACAUGAACAACUCUGCGCCAUCAUCGAGUGCAUCGGUAUCCACGCCUAUCAGAAACCCUCUCCAACCUAUCAACGCUCAACUACCAGCCAAUGGUAGUGCAAACCCUCUCGUCUCAGAUGGUAGUAAGACCAAGAUCAAGACAGAAGAGACAUUCCUAUCUCCUCGUCUCGUGAACAAGAAUAUGACAGCAGAUAUCAAGCCGAAUCUCUCGAGAACCCAGACGCCUUAUGGCCCUUUCCAUCCAGGUGCGCAUCUGUCGGAUCCACAAGAUAACUCCGCUGCUGCUCAGGCGGGUCCUGCUAAUACACCAGCGGCAUUUGAACAUGCCUCCAAUGGAUCUUCGUCUACAGAAGCAUCAUCUUCAACAACGGCUCCGCCGAACCAGUCGUCUUUUAACGAACGUAUUCAGAAGCUUAUACUUGAAGGAACUCCCGAAGUCUUGGAAGCUGAGGUUAGACAAAGUCAGGUAUUCCUCGAGGGACUGAGAAGACCAAUGGCCGAGAAUUCUUUCCAGCACCAAGAUGCCCAACAUUGGGUGAAGCAAAUUGAAAAUCUUCAAAACCAUAACAUCAACACUCCUACAAUCAUUGGAGUUGUUGGCAAUACUGGCGCCGGGAAGAGCAGUGUAAUUAAUGCUAUGCUCGAGGAGGAACGCUUACUCCCAACUAACUGCAUGAGAGCAUGCACUGCUUGCGUAACAGAAAUGUCCUGGAACACAUCGGACGAAGAGAACUCUAGAUAUCGUGCCGAUAUCGAAUUCAUCAAGGCAGACGACUGGAAGAAAGACUUGGAACUAUCCCUACACGAGUUACUGGACUCUAAUGGCCAAGUCUCACGAGACUGCACGAAUGCAGAAACUGAAGCUGGUGUGGCAUAUGCCAAGAUUAAAGCAGUCUAUCCGAACAAAUCCAAGGAUGAACUUGCCAAGUGUACUAUUGAACAAUUGAUGCGAGAACCUACCGUGAAGGAUGUCCUUGGUACCACCAAGAAGAUUGCUAGGGGAGAUCCCAGCCUCUUCUACAAGUCAUUGCAGCACUUUGUGGAUAGUAAGGAGAAAGUCACAAGUGAGAGCAAGGACAGUGACAAGAAGGACAAGAAGGAGAAGGUGAAGAAGACUAUGGAGUUCUGGCCUCUCAUCAAAGUUGUCCGCAUAUACACCAAGGCCGAUUGCUUGAGCACUGGCGCAGUCAUCGUUGAUUUGCCUGGUGUGCAUGACUCGAACGCUGCUAGAGCUGCCGUUGCAGCUGGUUACAUGAAGCAAUGCACAGGUCUGUUUAUUGUGGCUCCGAUCAACCGUGCUGUUGACGACAAAGCUGCAAAGUCACUGUUGGGAGAGUCAUUCAAGAGACAACUCAAAUUUGAUGGACAAUACUCACGAAUCACCUUUAUCUGUUCCAAGACCGAUGAUAUCUCUCUCAUAGAGGCUACUGAUAGUCUUGGACUCGAAGACGAGAUGGCUGCUGACUGGGAGAAGAUUGAUGAGUUGGAAUCAAAGCAAAAAUCCUUAAAGCAGGAAGUGAAGGAUCUGAAAGAGUCCAAAGAAGUCUACACUGAGAUCAUGGGUGAUGCCGAUGACAAGAUCGAGGAGUGGGAGAAGUUGAAAGACGACUUAGAGGCCGGAGAGACUGUAUAUGCCCCAGGCACAGUUUCGAAAAAGCGGAAGCGCUCUUCAAAGAAAUCGAAGACAUCUCGCAAGAAGUCCAAGAAGACCGAUUCUGAUGAUGAAGACGACGGUCAUGUCGAUGAUGAUUCGGAGGAGGACGAACAAUCAGAUGAUGAGAGCGAUUCCGAGUCAACCUCUGAAGGCGGUGACCCUCUUACAGUCGAGGAAAUCGAUACUAAGAUCACAAUGCUCAAAGAGGACAAAAAGAAAGCUCGCCGAGAACGCGGUAACAUCGACAAAACGUUGAAGGAGAAGAAUCAAGAGAUCAAGGAACUCCUGAAAAGCCAGACCGAGAUUGAGACUGCAAUGACCGCUAUUUGUAUCGAUGGUCGAAACAAAUAUUCCAAGGGAGCUAUUCAACGAGACUUCGCUGACGGCAUUCGUGAAUUGGACCAAGAGGCAGCACAAGAAGAAGAUCCGGAUCAAUUCAACCCCGAGGACGAGUUGAGAGAUUACGACGAAGUCGCCCGCACGCUGCCUGUCUUCUGCGUUAGUUCUAGAGCAUACCAGAAGAUGCAAGGUCGUCUUCAGCGCGACAAUGCGGUUCCAGGCUUUCGGUCCCCAGAAGAGACUGAAGUCCCACAGCUUCAAGCUCAUUGCAAGAAGUUGACAGAAGCUGGCCGAGCAUCGAAUUGUCGCGCUUAUUUGACUAAUCUCUGUCAGCUGUUGACGUCUCUAGGGCUCUGGGCUUCCAACGAUGGUACGGGAAUGAACAUGACAGAUGCCCAACUGGCCGCUGAGACACGCUUUCUGAAGAGCAAAUUGAAGAGUCUCGAGCAAGGUCUUGAAGGUGCUGUGAAGGAUUGUCUCAAAGAGAUGAACGAGACUCUGUCAGAUCAGAUUUUUGAGAAUUUCGACUCAUUUGUCAAUUCCGCCGUCGAAGAAGCACCUCAAACUGUUAGCAGAUGGCACCUCCCUGUGAACCGUGAAAAUCAAAAAAUGGGCGGCUAUUAUUGGUCCAGCUACAAGGCCAUCGUGAGACGCAACGGCGUAUACUCCAAUGAUCAGGGGCCCCAUGACUUCAACGCAGACCUAAUCGAGCCCAUCAUCAAACAAUUGGCUUCUCAUUGGGAACGAUGCUUCCAGCAGCGUAUGCCACGGCUUUUAGCCUCAUUCACGAGACAAGCAAAGAGCUUGUUAGCUGCUUUCCACCGUGAGAUCGAGCUGCGAAGCAUGAAAUCUGGGACCGGGGCCGCUGGCUUGAUGCUUCUAUCACAACAGUUGAAGAAUUAUGAUGCUUUAUUUGUGGCUUUAGCGACACAAAUGACCGAACUUGUUACUACGAUACAGCGUGAUGCGAACCGCGAGUUUACGCCCGUGAUUGCCCGUAGCUUGGCUGAGGCAUAUGAGUUUUGCACAAACGAAAGAGGUAGUGGUUGUUAUGCACGAAUGAAGAGCUUCAUGAGCAAUUUCGUGAAUGACUCGCGAAAUGAGAUGUUUAGCGAGAGUUGCAAUGAGGUGAAGAAGCUUCUUCUCGCCAUGUCCAAACAGGUCGAGGACAAGAUGGCCACUCAAGCCGACGAGGUGUAUCUCAGCAUGCAAAGAGAUUAUAUGCAAGUAAUCGCAGGUACUGCGUUGCCAGAAGGUCAAACAAUGCCAAAAUGGGAGCGCAAGAUGCGAAGCGAUGUCGUGAGCAUCCUGGAGAAUCAAGAUCAAGCUCUCUCCGAAGAGGCUAAAGUUGCUAAGAAAGAAGACGAACAACCGGCAGCAGUCGGGAGCGGUACUAUUCCAACCUCAAAGGAUUUCUCCGAUGCAGAAGAUGAGGGAAACCCCCUUUCGAAAGGAUAUGCUUCGUCGCCCUCUCUUGAGGACAUGGAUUUAUCGCUUUAAGCGGCAGUGAAUCAGUGAGAUCUGGAUUUCGGGUUUGGGGGUGAUUCUUCGCCUCUCGAUCAUGUUCGGCGUGUGGUACAGUGCGUUGUUAUCUGGCUUUGUAUACUAAGUGGCGUCUUUUCUGCUUUGCUGUCACUCGGGAGGUGUUUUCUUCAACACACAAAAUAGGGUAGAAGUAUGUAUUACACAACCUCGCUGUAUGGCUUUGGCUUGGCACGGAAUUAGGCUUGGGGGUGGAGAGGUUGCCUCACAUCGAUUCAGCUAGCUUAUGGCGAGCUUCUAAUGAU